UAACGUACGUAGAAAAGUCAAAAGAAGAAAGAGAACCGGCGUGAAGGCAAAGGCGAGCUCCGGAGAAGUGGACGGCCGUGACUCCUCCGACCCCCGUUUUGUACUCUUCCUCGGUGCCGUGUUUUCGCUCAAACCCUUUUUUGUCCAUUUCUACCUCUUUCUCGCUCCGUGAACGCCACUCCCCUGGCUUCUAGCUCGCCGUCGCACUACUUUUCACUUCCAAUACUUCACGUAAAGAAGGGGAAUGGAUAAAGAUAUUAAACCGGCCACAUCGGUGCCUCCUUUUGAUUACGAGCUUUAUGAAGGAGAUCCCGACCAUCUUACAACUGUUGUCGCGACCCCUGCUCUGCCCAGUCCGUAUAUCGACCCUGUUUCACUAAAGCUGAAACACAGGAUUGGGCGUGGAUACUUUGGGGAUGUUUGGUUAGCUACACAUCAUCAUACAGGUGCUGAUUUUGAUGAGUAUCAUGAAGUGGCUGUGAAGAUGUUGUAUCCUAUAAGUGAACAUCAUGUGAAGCACUUUACCAGUAAGUUUGAGGAGGUUUGGAUGAAUUUGAAGUCCAAACAAGUGCAAGGUGUUUGUUGGUUGCAUGGUAUGUCUGUUAUAUCGGGAAAGCUCUGCAUAGCGAUGAAAUUCUAUGAGUGGUCGAUAGGAGACCAAAUUGCCCGACUAAAAGGAGGAAAGCUUCCUUUAUCUGAUGUUUUGAGAUAUGGGAUCGAAUUGGCUAAAGGGAUCCAAGAGAUGCACUCAAUGGAUAUCCUUGUUCUGAACCUUAAGCCAACUAAUUUCCUUUUGAAUGAACGCGAUCAAGCUUUCCUUGGUGAUUUUGGGAUCCCGUAUUUACUUCUUGGUUUUAAACUACCUGAUUCAGAUUUGGCUUUCAGACUUGGAACCCCAAACUACAUGGCUCCUGAACAAUGGCAACCUGAAGUAAGAGGUCCAAUAAGCUAUGAGACUGAUGCUUGGGGAUUUGGGUGCAGCAUUGUUGAGAUGUUAACUGGUGUUCAGCCUUGGUUUGGGAAAUCUGUUGAAGAAAUAUUUCAAUCAGUUGUGAUAAAUCAAGAAAAGCCACAGCUUCCAAAUGGUCUCCCACCUGCACUUGAGAGUGUUCUCUGUGGCUGUUUUGAAUAUGAUCUUCGCAAUCGACCUUUGAUGCUGGAUAUUCUGCAAGCAUUUGAAAGUUCCAAGAAUGCUGUUUACAGUGAAGGUGAGUGGAUUGGCCCAGCGAGCACCCUGCUUGUAGAAAAACCGAAUAGCAGUGGGUAUACCACUUGGUUCCUCUUAAAGGAUCAUCUUCAAGUGGGUGAUACUGUCCGCUCAAGAAAGGGAUGCAACUCAUGCAAGCCUCAAAAUAUGGCUGUAAUGGAAGGAAGUAUAGUUGGUCUAGAGAAGGACACCGAUCGAGAUGGAUUUGUCCUGGUGCGGCUCCCCACUUUGGGAAGCCCUUUAAGGGUAAGUGUAUCAACUCUAGAGAGGGUCACAGAUGGGUUGGCUGCUGGCGAUUGGGUACACAUGAACAAGGAAAAUAAGCAGCACUCAGCGGUGGGUAUUCUGCACUCCAUACAGCGAGAUGGUAUUGCUACUGUUGGUUUUCUAGGUUUAGAAACAUUGUGGAAAGGACGCGCUUCAGAGCUCCAAAUGGCAGAGCCACUUAGUGUGGGGCAGUUUGUUAAAUUGAGAGAAAGCGUGCUAGCUCCACGUUUUGACUGGCCUCAGAAAGGUGGAGGGGCAUGGGCUACCGGGAAAAUAUCACAGAUACUUCCCAACGGUUGCCUUCUCGUUGGGUUUCCAGGCAGAUUUGUGCUUGGAAAUAAACCAAACAUCUUCUUGGCCGAUCCAAACGAAGUGGAGGUUGUCUCUUUCGAUACAUGCCCUGGUCUCCUGGAAAAAUACCAGCAUGUCGAGGAUUUCCACUGGGCUGUCCGACCAUUAGCAAUCACAUUCAGCUUAUUCAUGACAGUGAAGCUCGGUAUCUUUGUCGGAAAGAAUAUCAGCGCAAAGCUGAAGAAGAGCAACAAGAAGAAACAGGUUCCCAGCGAUGGCCGCCCUCGAGAUGCUGAGGGGGGUGGAAAUUCGCCAUGGCUUCCACCACCAGUGGCAAACAUCCUCUUUAAAGAUGGAACUGUUGCUGCUAGGUAACAUGUACGGUCGUUCCCAAGAUUGUAUAAAUUUUUAGAUGAAUCCAUGUAUCCAGCUGCAGAAAGUGCU